CUGUAUAUGUGUACGUAUAUGUGAUGACUGUCAAAAUGCUAAAUUUAAUUAUCAUUGGUGUUUUAAACAGUAGCUGACAUUUUGUACAUUACUUCUACUGUUUAUAUUUUGACAUUGAAUAGUUGAAUAAUUUUGAAACAUAAACAACAUGACGGCAAGAUAUUUUGUACAUUACUUCUACUGUUUAUAUUUUGACAUUGAAUAGUUGAAUAAUUUUGAAACUUAAACAACAUGACGGCAAGAUAUUUGUUAUUUCAUGCUAUAAAUCACAAAUGUCUAUUCAGAUAAAGGAAGUUAGCUAAUAGAAUAAACAUUGUUUGUACUCUAUGCUUUUUGCAUUUGGAGCAGUUAGAAGUGAAGAGGGAGUCGAAGAGACAGAAAUUGGCUAUAAAAUCCAAGGAAGAAUGCUCUAAAGCAGAAAUGGAAAGGAAAAUGCAAGCUGCUUGGAAAUUUGCUAGGAAGGCUCAUGUCAGAGCCUUAAAAGCAAAAAUGCCAAAAUAAUGUGUGAAUGAACCAAAGUAAUGUGUUAAUAAUGUAAAAUGUAAAAAUUAGAUGAACCAUCUGUGGCUGUGAAGUGAACACUAGUACGGUUGUAAAUACUGUAUAGAGUAGGCUAACCCAUAUGGUUCUUGUGGAUGUGAACACAAGUUGUAAUUACUGCUGUACCAAAGACUAUAAAAAUGGGACCCAUUACCUCCCUGCUUGGCACUCAGCAUCGAGGGUUGGAAUUGGGGGUUAAAUCACCAAAAAUGAUUCCCGGGCGCGGCACGUGCUGCUGCCCACUGUUCCCCUCACCUCCCAGGGGGUGAACAAGGGGAUGGGUCAAAUGCAGAGGACAAAUUUCGCCACACCUCGUGUGUGUGUGACAAUCAUUGGUACUUUAACUUUAGUGACUAAAUAACAUAGUGACUGAAACAGACAUAGUGAUUUAUUUGGAUGAAUAGGCUAUGUAAACUAUGUAAACUCUGUUGAUCAUUUUUCAAUUCUUUAAACACAAAAGCAUUCGUUGUCCCCCCACCCGGCUGGGGACCUGUGGCCGCCAGACCCCCAGCUUAAUUUCAGUCUUUUUCAUUAAGUCCAAAUCACAUGCAUGAAAUAGUCAUUUAUUAUUAUUCUUUAUUAUUAUUUUAUUUAAUACCUAAUUCUGUAGAUCAACUUCAAGUUGAUCUAUAGAUUUAAAGUAAAAAACAAACAAACCUGUUUUGUCAUUUUGUCAAAGAAAACCCUGUUUUUUAUGACACAAACACUACAUAUGCAUGGUCUUCCCCUAAAAAUAUUUCAAAGUGGAAUAUAUGCUAUUUAUUAUUUAAGUUAUUUGAGCCUUGAAUAGGUCAAUAUUUCCUAACACGAUUGAUUUUACUUAAUUAUUGUUUUUUGAGUAAACGAUUAAUCAAAGCAACAUAAUAUAAACCAAAGCUUUUUUCUUACAGAGUUAAUAAUUUAAAAUGAAUAAUUUUUGCAGCUCUAACUUAGAGUGUCUCAUAGAAGUUAGUAGACACUAGCAGCUAUCGAUUAUUUUAGUAAUCCAGUAAUCUAUCGAGUAGUUUGUUUGAUUAAUCGAAUACGGCUAAAGUACAAUUUAUAGCCGCAAUGCGUGUUUUAUUUUCUGCUUCCCAUAACAUUUCACUCAUUUUUUCUAAUAAAUGCUUGUUACCAAUAUUGAAAUUACACUUUUUACAUAUGUGCAAUAUAAAUAGAAAUUAAAAAAAUUACUCUUUGCUGUUUGCUGCGACAGACCACAGCACCCACAACACCGCUCUCGUGUGCUAUUGCAGCGGCCGGAUGAUGUCUGCUUUUUUAAAGUUCAGGAUUUGAUACAUUUUUAUUAGUUACACUCAUUAAAUGAUAAAUCCAAGCAACAAAUUAUAAAUCGAAGCUUUUUCCUAAUCAAUGAAUCGAUUUAUUCGAUUAAUCGUUGCAGCUUCAGUACACAUCUCAAAUUUCAGCACCCAUUUUAUUUGAUCUUCUUUUAAGUCAAUAUUAUAGAAAUUAAACAACAUUAUAAAUAAAUAGUCAGUGUAUAGCAUUAUACAUGUGUAACCCAUCUGGACCUACCCCUGCUUUCAUUAUGUCCGUGGCUCAAAACAAAUGAGAGUGCGAGAAUGCUGGGCAUCAAACUAAAAGCCCUUAAUGUCAACUCAAUAUCCAGAGCAAACUCUUAAAGGUGCUGAUUGCAACCUUAAGCGGCUGACUCGUGUGCGCUAACUUUCCAAAGUGUUGUAAGCAGGCUUUGAGUACGUAAACUACGCCCCACAUAACACACUCUCCAGCAUUAGUUACGUUUGUUGUCAGCUAAUAAUAGCAAUUUGGCAAAGUUCAGCUAAUAAUGUUGGUUAACAUGUAUAGUCUAUUAAACAGCACAGCCGUCAGUGAUAGCCAUGAAUGCCAGCCUUUUUACUCGAACCGACAAACAAUUUUUAUUUAAUAGAAUGAAUGAUUCUGCGAAAUGUUGACGUCUAAAAAAAAAAAAAAAAGUAUUUUACUUUGCUAAGGGUAACAUAAGCUAGCCGGUGGGGUUCUUAUUCCAUUUUUUGGUUUGAAAAAUGUAACUUUGAGCAAGUUGCGAACAGCUCCAAUAAGGCAGCUCACUCAUGAGGUUAAAACCAACAUACAAUUGCACAGACACAGUGGCUGGCCUCCAUUACACAUGUGCAUCUCAGUAAAUUAGAAUAAUGGGCAAAAGUUAUUUGAUUUCACUAGUUCAUUUGAAACUAAGAUAACAUUUAAAAGCUCAGGACAUUUUGCCAUUAAUUUGCUGAUAAGAGCAUGAACCAGUAGUAGUUAUUUUGAAUUGUUUGACAAUUUUAUGAAGUACUGAAUUUGGAUGUUUAUUAGUUGUGAUAGUUGCUUCACGGUGGCAGAGGGGUUAGUACAUCUGCCUCACAAUACGAAGGUCCUGAGUAGUUUUGGGUUCAAUCCCGGGCUCGGGAUCUUUCUGUGUGGAGUUUGCAUGUUCUCCCCGUGACUGCGUGGGUUCCCUCCGGGUACUCCGGCUUCCUCCCACCUCCAAAGACAUGCACCUGGGGAUAGGUUGAUUGGCAACACUAAAUUGGCCCUAGUGUGUGGAUGUGAGUGUGAAUGUUGUCUGUCUAUCUGUGUUGGCCCUGCGAUGAGGUGGCGACUUGUCCAGGGUGUACCCCGCCUUCCGCCCGAUUGUAGCUGAGAUAGGCUCCAGCGCCCCCCGCGAACCCAAAAGGGAAUAAGCGGUAGAAAAUGGAUGGAUGGAUUAGUUGUGAAUUCAAAUCAUCAUUAUUCUCAGAAAAAUAAAUACUUUAUAGGUAAUCUAUAGAAUAUAAAUCUGUUUAUUGUCCUGGAUAGUCAUUGUUCUAUUUUUUUUAACUCUGAACUUCUUUAUCAUGUAUCCAAUUUUAAUGUACUUUUGGGAAAAUGGUUUGUGGUUAACCCAGUUUACCAUUUCAAUAAUACAGAAAUAACUCUGUGCCAUUAUUGUCUCGUCUCUUUGUUACCAUGCACCUAUGUUGGGGAUUAAUUAUGCACCUUGCAUUGUUCUAAACAGUCCUCACUAAUGACCUUACAUCAUUAUGACGGCCAGCCUGGAUCUGCUUGCUCAGCAGAAAACUGACUUUAAGCACAAGCCAGAGGUGUCAUUGUGCCCAACAGACUCUGACUCAGAGUCAGUCACCUCAGUGCUGUCAGGUUAUUUCCAGUGAGGCUUCAGCAACGCCACAGCAGAUUCAAGUAAUGUCACACGGUCAAAAGAUUCAGAUUGUGACAGCCAUGAACCCUUCUAGUGCUGCCAACCAGCGAUUCAUUUUUACCACAGCUGAUAGCUCCGGAGCAGGCAAGGUUAUUCUGACCUCUCCAGAUAACCACAACACCAAGCAGCUCAUCUUUACCUCUGCAGACAGCUUGAUGUCAGGAAGAAUAAAGAUUGUCACAGAUCCAUUGUCAAUGGAGCACUUACUUGGGCAGUCUGGCGAUUUGGGUCGGCCACAGACAGCAGAAUACUGUGUGGUGUGUGGAGACAAGGCUUCAGGCCGUCACUAUGGAGCGAUGAGUUGUGAGGGGUGUAAAGGUUUCUUCAAGCGAAGUGUGAGGAAAAACCUUACCUACAGUUGCCGCAGUAAGCAGGACUGCAUCAUCAACAAGCACCAUCGCAACCGCUGCCAGUUCUGCCGGUUGAAGAAAUGCCUGGACAUGGGAAUGAAGACUGAGUCUGUUCAGAGUGAAAGAAAACCAGUUGACGUGCCAAGAGAGAAACAUGUCAACUGUGCUGCCUCCACACAGAAGAUCUACAUCCGUAAGGAUAUCAACAGUCCGCUCAUUGCCACACCAACAUUUAUCUCGGAAACAGUGUCAAAUGGCUCCAGCUCAAGCCCGCUGGACCACGGGAUGCUGGUUAAUAUCCAACAGCCUGUCAUGGACACUGAUGGAACGCUGUUGUUGGCGACUGACUCAAAGAUGGAGUCCAGCCAUGGUGAUUUGGGGACGCUCGCAAAUGUGGUGACAUCACUGGCCAACCUGAGUGACUCAUUGAAGCAGAAUUUGAAAAAUGGAGAUUCGUCAGACUGCCAAUAUGUAGAGAAUAGCACUACAGAAAUAACACGUGCCUUUGACACCCUGGCCAAAGUGCUCAAUCCACCUGAUGUAGGAGUCAUGGCUGACAAGUGUCUUAGCGGGACAGCCUUUCAACUCAUUGGCCGAGACCAGGAGACCACAAUCAUUGAGGUUGAAGGGCCGCUGCUUACAGAUGGCCAUGUUGGCUUCAAGCUUACCAUGCCUAGCCCCAUGCCCGAAUACCUGAAUGUACACUAUAUCUGUGAAUCUGCCUCCAGGCUUCUCUUCCUCUCUAUGCACUGGGCACGCUCCAUCCCAGCCUUCACAGCUCUUGGCCAGGAAGCAAACACCAGUUUGGUGCGAGCCUGCUGGAAUGAGCUCUUCACUCUGGGUCUCGCUCAGUGUGCUCAUGUGAUGAACCUGUCCACCAUCCUGGCUGCCAUUGUCAACCACCUGCAUUGCAGCCUCCAGGAUGAAAAGAUGUCAGGAGACAGAGUAAAGCAAGUGAUGGAGCACAUCUGGAAGUUCCAGGAGUUCUGCAACAGCAUGACAAGAUUGGAGACAGACAGCUAUGAGUACGCUUACUUGAAGGCCAUUGUGUUGUUCAGUCCAGAUCAUCCAGGUAUGGACUGCGGCGGACAGGUGGAAAAGUUUCAAGAGAAAGCCAUGAUGGAGCUGCAGGACUACGUGCUGAAGACAUAUCCAGAGGACACCUACAGGUUGACUCGUGUUCUGACCCGUCUGCCAGCGCUGCGCCUCAUGAACUCAAACAUCACAGAGGAGCUUUUCUUCACUGGCUUGAUUGGUAAUGUUUCCAUUGACAGCAUCAUUCCCUACAUCCUCAAGAUGGAAACGGCUGAAUACAACAGCCAGGAUGCUGACCCCACAGAGUGACUGACGUCUCUUUUUUGGGAAAAACAAAACCAGAAAUGUCCUCUUCAGGUACUCUUUGUCCUUUUAGGGUUUCUUUUUGUCAAAGCCCUUAAGAGCAUCCUGCAUUGACCUCUUGUUUUCUGUGCUCAUUAUUCACAAAUCCCUCUCAGUGUUUCUUGACAUACAAGCUAAUUCCAUGUCAAACCCCAACCUUUCAAAUUGCUCUUGUUGUUUUAUGCAUUCAGGAUGAUAAUAUACAUGGCUCGUUCAAAAUGAGCUUUAUGAAAUAUAUUUAAAUGUCACCUGUCCCUGCAUUUUAAAUGUACUUUAUCAUUGGUGCGGCACAAACUGGUAUGCAAUACCUGGUCCUGUGCUUUUUUUCUGUAAUGUAAGGUAAUAAUGAAUAGAAAUAUGCAUUGCAAUGCCUUUACUUAUAGGUUUUCUUAUUUGGAAUACAUGUAACUAACAACUGGAAAGUGAUCAUCCAUCAGGUACUCAAAAUCUACUCAAUGUAACAGCAGCAGACCUCAGUCUUUUAAUGUGUAAAGUGCUUUAGUAAUAGCUCAUUUACAUUAUUAGUUAAUGUAUUUAUUCAGUAUUUAAGUUCUAGCUUUCUUACACACAAACAACCAAAUGAACAGAUUAGAUUGUCUAUUUGUAUUUUUUAUUGCUAAAUACUAGUUGUUUUUUUUAUGUUCAUGUAAACUUUUUAUUGGUGGCCUACCUUGAAUGUGGAUAAUAUAUCCUGUGCAAUCACCUCAUCACUUUUCCCUUUAUGACAAUCAUUAUUUGUUUAUUUCUUAGCCCAUCAGUGUCUCUCUUGACUGUCUCUACUCUGUAUAUUUAUUUAUCAAAAGCAUUUAUUGUUUUCAUUUACCAGGUAUUACGUACAUAUAUUUGUUUGAAAACAUGUUACUUAUGUAUAGCUAUGGUACUGUGUCUGUGCUUGAAUUUGAAUUAAUGUGCGCAUCAGUCAACUUCAGUGGCGUUUAUACAUCAAUCUUUACUAAACUGAACUUUUUGUUUUUUUAUGUUUUCUAAAAGCUAUACUAUGUUCUGAACAAUGUUGCUUGUUGCAUACUAAGUGUACUUAAAACAAUAUUGGGCAGGUUUCCCUGAUUUCGAAAGGAAAGUAAAAAGAGGAAAGUAUCCUGAGGACUUUAUGCAGCAGUUUCCUGCUUGGAUAAUGAUUUAGAAAAUGUAUCCAUGAAUGACAAGUUAAAAACGUUUCUAAAUGCAGAACAUGUUCAUUUUCAUUUGGGUUUAAAACCCAUUAAGACUUUGUAAAGUCCUAUGUGGAAACUUACUUUUGUACAUGUAAUUUCAUUAAUAUGAGUGCAUGUUGUUUUUAAGCUGUUUUAUAAUGUUCUUGCGGUCUGCCCUAUUAACCAAUGUUUUUAUAGUGCGUUGCCCUGCAUGAAGAAGUGGCUUAUUGCAUUUUAUUAAAUGCUGUUUGGAAAAAUGGAUUGAUUUAAAUGUUGUGGCUGUAACAUAUUACAAUGAACACCUCCACUUUGUAACAUAUUUUGAAAACACUUUUUUCAUCUCUGUGGUUUGACCAGGGUUAACACUUUCUACAAUGAAUGUUCCCAACUUUAGCUCACAUAUUAGUUCAAAAUGGUACGUUUGAGUCAUUGUUUGACCCAAGUUGAUUGCAACCUUGCAUUUCUACCUCACUGAUGGAAACGUAAUUUUGUUGAUUAACUGCAGUCCUUUGUUAAAAUUCCAGUCUCUGAGGCUGGCUUUGUCAAAGCCACACAUAUGAAAGAAAUAAAACAUUA